CCAUCUCCUCUCUCUUGCUCCCAACCCUGUCUACCCCAACCCAAGCAGGAUGCAGUUUCCAUGACAACCUGGCCGGCCAGAAAGGGGGGCAGGGGACUGCAGAGGAAAUUUUCCACAUCAGCAGGAAGAGGAUGUGAUGCAGAGAAGGAAUGGGCUGGAUACAUGGGGGGGGCGCCACACAGGGCCCUGGAACCCCAAAACAUCUCGCCCACUGCCUCCCAGGAUUCUCAUCCUGCCCCCAGGUGGCGCCCCCCACACCCCCAUCUCUGGGCCAUAGCGGGGGAGGGGAGGGUUCCAGAGAGGCUCAAGGGUCAAAUGUCCAAAGUUCAGCCGCUGCCCAAACCUCGUGUGUGGGGUGAGGUGGGGGGAUGGGAGGCAGCAAGCAGCUGCGGAGCUCAGACCGCAGGCCACCAAAUCCAAGGGCAUGGCUUUCAACACGGUCCCGAGGAAGGUGGGGAUACUGGGCUACGGCCGCCUCGGACAGUCCCUGGUCUCCCACUUGCUGACUCAGGGACCAGAACUGGGCCUAGAACUUGUUUUUGUCUGGAAUCGUGACCCAGGACGAAUGGCGGGGAGUGUGCCCCCUACCCUUCAGCUCCAGAACCUUGCUGCCCUUGGGGAGAGGCACCCUGACCUUGUGGUGGAAGUGGCCCAUCCCAAAAUAAUCCACGAAUCUGGGGCAGAAAUCCUGCGCUAUGCCAAUCUCCUGGUGGGAUCCCCCUCAGCCCUGGCUGACCAGGCCACAGAGCGGCAGCUCCUGGAGGCCUCGCAUUGCUGGGGCCACGCUGUGUUCGUGGCCCGGGGGGCCCUCUGGGGCACUGAGGACAUCGCCAGAUUGGACGAAGCCGGGGGCCUCCAGAGCCUCCGUGUCACCAUGGCCACACACCCUGAUGGCUUCCGGCUUGAGGGACCCCUGGCUACGGCGCACAGCACUGGGCCUCGCACUGUGCUCUAUGAAGGCCCUGUCCGCGGGCUCUGCCCCCUUGCCCCCCGAAACUCCAACACCAUGGCUGCCGCUGCCCUGGCCGCCCCCAGCCUGGGCUUCGACCGUGUGAUCGGAGUGCUUGUGGCCGAUUUCAGCCUCAAGGACAUGCAUGUGGUGGAUGUGGAGCUGAGCGGACCCCCGGGCCCCAAAGGCCGAAGCUUUGCUGUGCACACCCACAGAGAGAACCCCAGCGAGCCAGGCGCUGUCACCGGUUCUGCCACCAUCACCACCUUCUGGCGCAGCCUCCUGGGCUGUUGCCACCUGCCCUCCAAGCCGGGGAUCCAUCUCUGUUAAGAAGCCUCCUCCUUCCCAAGAGAACAUCCUCAUCUCAUUAUUUACCUCCCACCGCCACCGUCCGGCUGCUGCCUCAGUAUCCCCAGACCUCCCUCCUGUCUCA